GACUCUCUCUCUUCCUCUUCACUCAACGCAGACCACAGCCCAGCAUCAUGAGUGCUCUCCGCAACAUCCUGCGCACCUCUCAGGUCGCGCUCCGUGCUACUCGCACUCCUAUGUCUCGCACCUGCGUGGUGGCCCAGCAGCGUUUCUACGCUGUGUCACAGACUGAUGCCGAGGCCGGUGUCUUACAAAUUCUGAAGGACUUUGGUGCCAUUGAGAACAAGAGCGCGAUUACCUUGGAUAGCCACUUUAUCAAUGAUCUUGGUCUGGAUUCGCUCGAUGCCGUCGAGAUUGUGAUGGCCGUUGAGCACGAGUUUUCCCUCGAGAUCCCCGAUGCCGAGGCCGAGAAGAUCUUGACGGGCCGCCAGGCGGCCGAGUACGUUUCAGCCAAUGCGCCCUAAAUUGGCUGGCCACCGUCCCUCCUCGUGCUUCUUUUUCUUCCCCCUUCGCCAUUUCCCACUUCUUUCUUUCCCUUCGUUUCCUACACUUUGGGCGUGGAACGUCUGUUGUCGUGCUCAAAGAGUGUCUUGACAUAUCUGCCUCUGGUCUGAUUUCCCAUCGUGGUUCGGAUUUGACUUGCUGUGCGUGCGCACUGUGGAGUGUCACGCUCGUUCAACUUGGAGCGAGAAAUGUCGACACGAGCGCCCGAGAGUCAGCUGCCAGCGCUCUUUGGAUUACCUCUCAACCCUUCAUCUUUGACCGCCUCCAAUUGAAUCAUCAAAGUCG